UUCCCUCCACACAUUUUCCCAUUGCCUUAUCUUUCUUUCCCUCCAAACAGCGAGGGAAGAAAGAAGAAGAAUCCAAUCAUCUUCUUCCAAUAAUUCUUAAAAAGAAAACAAAAAAAAAAGAAGAGAAAAUUCUGCUCGAUUUCCCCUCUCCAAUGGCCACCAAAUUGACUCUCUCCUUACCCUCCUCGAGUUCCCUCACUGUUCCCUUUCAGAAUCAGAAACCGGCAGCUUCUCUGCUUCCCUCUUCCUCAAGGUCGUCGUCCCAAUUGAUUAGGGUUUCUAGUCGCCGCCUGUUCCUUCGCCGGAAACUCGUUCUUCCACCUCCUCGAGCAACUACUGAUCAACCAGGUCAGGUUGAGGGAGAUGAGGUUGUUGAUAGUAAUGUCCUUCAAUAUUGUAGCAUAGACAAGAAGGAGAAAAAGACCAUUGGAGAACUUGAGCAAGAAUUUCUCCAAGCUCUACAGGCAUUCUAUUAUGAGGGUAAAGCAAUUAUGUCAAAUGAGGAAUUUGAUAAUCUCAAGGAAGAACUAAUGUGGGAAGGCAGCAGUGUUGUAAUGCUAAGUUCUGAUGAACAAAAGUUUUUGGAAGCUUCAAUGGCAUAUGUGUCUGGAAAUCCAAUUCUGUCGGAUAAAGAAUUUGACGAUUUGAAGCUGAGACUUAAGACGGAAGGGAGUGAAAUUGUGGUUGAGGGUCCCCGUUGCAGUCUCCGGAGUAGAAAGGUUUAUAGUGACCUUUCUGUGGACUACUUUAAGAUGUUCCUCUUGAAUGUUCCAGCCACUGUAGUUGCACUGGGAUUGUUCUUCUUCCUGGAUGAUAUCACUGGAUUUGAGAUUACAUACUUGUUGGAGCUUCCAGAGCCAUUCAGUUUUAUCUUCACUUGGUUUGCUGCUGUACCAUUUCUUGUUUGGUUAGCACUUACCCUUACAAAUGCAGUUGUUAGAGACUCUUUGAUCUUGAAGGGACCUUGUCCGAACUGUGGAACUGAGAAUGUCUCCUUCUUUGGCACCAUACUGUCAGUUUCGAGUGGUGGCAACAAAAACAAUAUCAAGUGCACAAACUGUGCAACCGAGCUGGUUUACAAUUCAAAAACCCGACUGAUCACAUUACCAGAAGCCUAAGUGAGAGGAAUCGUUAAUUGUAAUCCCAGGAGAAACAAGACCAAGGAAUAUCAUAAGGCUAUUGCAAGAAUUCUCCAUGGUUGGAUAUGAAUGAUAUUAAGAUAUUUAAAGCCCUGCCUUGUAGAGAGAGGAUUUUUCCAGCUGUUGUACAACAUUGUAUCUUGAUGUACAAAUUUGUGAAUACUCAUCAUGUAUAAACGAUACCUAGAGAAGGGUGUGAUGAAGUUUCAAAAUGCCAUCCAAUAAAACAUAAUUCAUAUAUGUAAAUCAUCAA